AUGGAUAUCAAUAUGAAAGAAAGUAAAGGAAAAGAAAAUACUAUUAAUAAUGAAAAUAAAAUGAAAAGGUGGAUUGAUUCACCCGAGACUCGAGAUAUAUUGUCCAAUUCGGUUAGUAAGUGCUUUAUUAAUAUCCCCCAGGAAAAAAACAAAUUCAAAUUAAGGAGGAUGCACACAAUAGACUCUGCUGAUUUAGUUUAUGGACCUAAAUUAUAUGAACUUCCAGAAAUAGAAAAAAUAAAUAUGAACAGUUCAGAAAAUAAAAAAUCUUCUAGCGAAAAAAAAAAAAAUAAGGAUUACAGUUAUGAGACCAAGGGUAGAACUCGUUGUCUUAUGGAUAAAAAACCGGAACCAACAAUAAAUUCCACAAUAGUACCUAUGGACAAUAAUGACGAUUAUGAUGACAAUAUACCAUCUUUUGGAACGCAAUUUCACGAAAAGGGAACGUGCAACCCGUGUAGAUAUGAAUGGACCCGAGGAUGCCACAUGGGGAAGUUUUGCAGAUUUUGUCAUCAUUCAUCUCAUGUUCCCAUUGGUACCGCUCGCGUUGUUCCAGACCCAAAAACUUUAGCAAAAACAAAAGUUAGACCGGAGAAUAUUUUGACUAACCAAAAGAUAGCAAGUUAUGCUGAAACUUUAAAUUCGUUGGUUGAAGGCAAGUCCCAAAAUAAUCUACAUAGCGAUAGAACAAAAGCAAACAAUAAUUUUCAGUUGGUUGGACAUAUCACAAAUGAUAAUCAUAACAAUAGUAUUACUCAUAAGGAUGAUUCUUCAAACAAUGGCUACUCUGUUUCAAAAAGGUUGCAAAGUCUUUCUAUGUUGUCAAGCGAUUCUAAUAAAAAGAAAACUUAUAAAAAAAAUAAUCGUUAUGUUGGCCCAUAUAAUUUAAAGAGUAUGGAUACUAUAUAUAUUCCAUGUUUAGAAUUUUCAAAUUAUAUGAAUGAUUAUGAUCAAAGUAUUUAUAAUUAUUCUAAUAACAAUCCCCAUUUUUAUACUACAUUCAAAGAGUAUAUAUUGCCUAAUGCCAUAGUGGAUAACAUUCCAAAAAAUGCUAUAAUUAAGAUCCUUAAACCGGUGAACCCUUUCAUAAGAAGCUACGUUAUUCAAUCUAUUACUUCUUGA